GGUAACAUUCAAUAAUCUGUAUUUCUGCCUCUGCGUAGAAAUGGUUAUUUACAAAAAAAAUACUUUUAACAAAAUAAUCAUUAAAAUUAAUAGUUUUCCAUUUCAUGAGCAUGGCUAUGAGACAAUCAAGUGACAUGGCUAAAUUCAAGGAAACUUUGAAAGCCGCUAAAGAAGUUGUUAUCCUAUCCGGAGCGGGUAUAAGUGCUGAAUCUGGUAUACCUACGUUUAGAGGCGCUGGUGGCUAUUGGAGGAAAUAUCAAGCAUCUUCUUUAGCGACGCCUGAAGCAUUUAGACAUAGUCCUAGUUUGGUGUGGGAGUUUUAUCAUUAUAGAAGAGAAGUGGCUGCCAAAGCACAACCUAAUCAGGGCCAUAUAGCUAUUGCCUAUUAUGAGUCAACACAUGAAUCAGAAAAGAAAAUAACAGUAAUAACACAAAAUGUAGAUGGUCUACAUGUCAGAGCAGGCACAAAGAAUCUAAUAGAAUUACAUGGUAAUCUCUACAAGACCCGUUGCACAAAAUGUAAAGAAGUUCUAGUUAAUAAUGACAGUCCAAUUUGUGAGGCACUUGCAGGUAGAGGGGCACCUGAUGUAAAUGUUGUGGGCUCAGAUAUACCAGUCAAAUCCUUACCACAUUGUAAAAAGUCAGACUGCGGUGGUCUACUAAGGCCACAUAUAGUUUGGUUUGGCGAAAGUUUGAAUGCAGCUGUUUUAAAUAAAGCAGAAACAGCAAUGGCGACUUGUGACAUAUGUUUAGUGGUUGGUACAUCAUCUGUGGUGUACCCGGCGGCCAUGUUCGCGCCGAAAGCCGCCGCCAGGGGCGCGGUAGUCGCGGAAUUUAAUUUGGAACCCACGCCCGCUACUUCAGACUUUCAUUAUUACUUCGAAGGACCAUGUGGUACUACAUUACCUAAAGCCCUGUUUGAUUGAAUUUUUUCUAUAUUUCCAGUAUUUUAAACAUAUUUGAUGUUAUUGCUAGGCAGUAGAAAAUUAUAACACUAUUCCCGCAUAUAGAACAGAAAACAUUUUUAAGGGAUUACCCGAAACAAAUGUUUUGUUUAUAUGUUACUACUUAUAAAUAUAGGAAGGUCAAUAAUACUAGAUCCUUGUAUAUAUGUAAAAAAAAAUUAUUUAUUGUUUUAAUUAUUAAGAUAAAUAUUAAAUAGUUAAAUUAUUGCAUUAA